UAUAUACCACUGUAUACCACUGCAAGUGCAUACUGCUGCGUACCACUGAUCACUUUAGCACACACACACUACGAAGCAAAUUGAAUCAUGUAUCAUGUCUAACGUCAGUUACGAUAAUCUAUUAUUUGUAUUUGUUCAAUGAUAAAUUAAACCAUUUAGUACAAAUGCAUUAUUAAUAGUAGUAGAAGAUGUAUUAGUAAAAUGGGAUAAUCUCUGUGAAGAAAUGCAACGAUAAAUAAUUUUUCGUAUAAAUGGAAUAAAGUGACGUAUUUUGUACACGUGAAAAAUACGAUUUCUGACGUAAACCAAUCAAUUUAAAUAACAAUAACUAUCCUUAGUUUUAUCAAAGUUCUGUUCUUAUCGAUGUUAUUUUUCUAAAUUAUUAAUAGUAUUCGCUAAACGAUACGCGUACAUUAUCGUUAUUUUCUAUCCUAUUAUCGUAGUUAAUAAUAAACAAGUAUCCAUGACAAGUACUUCGAUAAUAAUACACUAAAAAAUCAUUUUAUAGUGUAAUAUGAUUCAUUAAUAUUUCAUAAUUUGUAAGAAUAGUUAUCGCAUGUCGUUUGAAAACCUUACGUGAAAUAUUUUGAAAAAUAUUAAAUAUUUCACUGGCAAAUAUGUCGUCACCAGAACAAUUGAUGGUUGUGCAAUCAAAAUUUGUUUCAGGAGAAACUGUGAUAUUUACAAUGGAAGCAUCGUUGAUACAGGGUUGGGUUAAAGCUGCAAGAAUUGUAGCACUUCUCAGCAAGGGUACCACUCAAGCAUUAGUUGUUUUAAUUAGUUCUAGAACACCUCCGAAAGUUUAUAGCGAUCUCGCCAUAGAAAGGGUAUUGCCUAUAGACCAAGACUUUAAGUGCAAUAUAAACACAGAUGAAAAACAACAAGACAGUCUAGAUGUUUAUCUUAAUGUGACAUCAAGAAAAUUGCACUUGGUAUUUGAAAUGAAGCCUGGAGUGGGAACUAGUUCUUUAGUCUCAGAAAUAUUUAGAGCUAUAGAAGAAUAUCAGAAAACAAAAAAUCCUGCAUCAGAAUUCUUAUGGAUUCAAAAAUUAUCGGGUAGCACGCGUAACUUGAGCAAUUCCAACGAAGAUGUACAAGACGUCGCUGAUCCUCUAGUAGACGUAGAAAGGCCAGUUCUAGUUGCGACGAGACGUAACGUUGGAGUACGUACAAUGGCUGCCAGAGAAUCAGCGAUACGCUAUCAGAUGGCAUGCAAGGAAGACGAUUAUACGUAUAGUAAAACAUUUCAUAUAUUUGUCGGUACAUGGAAUGUAAAUGGUCAACCGCCAAAUGGUAUUAAAUUGCACGAGUGGUUAAGUUACGACAAAACACCACCGGAUGUAUACGCGAUAGGGUUUCAAGAAUUAGAUUUAACUAAAGAAGCAUUUCUCUUCAACGACACUCCGAGAGAAGAAGAGUGGAGACAAGUUGUAGCAAAAUCGCUUCACCCAGACGGUGUAUACGAACAAGUGGCCAUUGUAAGAUUAGUGGGUAUGAUGUUACUCGUAUAUGCUUUAAAUAGUCAUAUGCCAUUCAUAAAAGAUGUAUCAGUUGAUACGGUAGGCACUGGUAUCAUGGGUAAAAUGGGAAAUAAAGGUGGGGUAGCGGUAAGUUGUUCUAUUCACAACACGUCUAUCUGUUUCGUUAACGCUCACUUAGCGGCACAUUGCGAAGAGUAUGAAAGACGAAAUCAAGAUUAUUCGGAUAUAUGUGCACGAUUAUCUUUUUCAAAAUAUGUUCCACCCAAGAAUUUUAAAGAUCACGAUCAGAUCUAUUGGUUGGGAGAUCUAAAUUAUCGAAUAACAGAGAUGGACGUUACAACCGCUAAACAGUACAUAGAUGCGGAAAACUAUGCUCCUAUUUUGGCUUUAGAUCAACUUGCUCAACAACGACAAUUAGGCCGUGUCUUGCAAGGAUUUCAAGAAGCAGAAAUUACAUUUAAACCAACAUAUAAAUACGAUCCAGGCACCGAUAAUUGGGACUCGAGCGAGAAGGGCAGAGCACCGGCAUGGUGCGAUCGUGUACUAUGGAAAGGAGAAGCAAUUACAUCGAUUAAUUAUAGAAGUCAUCCUGAAUUAAAGAUCUCUGAUCACAAACCAGUUAGUGCUAUUUUUGAUUCCCAAAUCAGAAUUAUAGACAUUACAAAGUAUCGUAAAAUUCAUGAAGAAGUUAUGAAAAAACUUGAUAAAUUAGAAAACGAAUUCUUACCGCAAGUAAUGGUCGAUACUACCGAAAUCAUAUUUGAUACGUUGAAAUUUCUUGAACCUAGUAGCAAAGAGCUUAUUAUUGCCAAUACUGGCCAGGUACCAGUUCAGUUUGAAUUUAUAAAGAAAUUUGGUGACACUAAUUACUGUAAAGAUUGGUUGGACAUAGAACCCUUUAAAGGUUUUAUACAACCAGGAGAAAAGUGUGAUACUAGAUUUGAAAUAUACGUUGACAAAAGGUCAGCUUGCAAAUUAAAUUCUGGAGAAGAUAAAUUGUACGAUAUAUUGAUUUUACAUCUUGAAGGGGGAAAGGAUAUAUUCAUAACUGUUACAGGUACUUACGAAAGAAGUUGUUUUGGAUCUUCGAUAGAAGCAUUGGCACAUAUUCCGAUACCGAUCCGAGAAAUUCCUAUUGGCAGAUUAAUGGAACUUGAAAAUAAUAAACAUCUUCCUCAAGGCAUAUAUGAUGUACCAAAAGAGAUAUGGUUGUUGGUCGAUAGAUUGUACCGACAUGGUAUAAAAACGGCUGGACUUUUUGAGACACCAGGACUUCACAGUGAAAUUAUAGCUAUAAGAGAUUGGUUAGACAAUUGGAGUCAAGAUCCAAUGCCUGGUAGCGUACAUUCUGUUGCAGAAGCAUUACUCUUACUUUUAGAGUCAACAGCUGAACCAUUGAUUCCGUAUAAUCUGCAUAGCGUAUGCUUAUCAGCAGCUGUAAAUUACUUACAGUGCAAUCAGAUUGUAAUGCAACUUCCAGAGAUAAGGAAAACAGUUUUUCUGUACAUAUGUUAUUUUUUAAAAGAGUUACUAAAUCAUACUCAAGACAAUGAAUUAGAUGCGAAAACUCUCGCGACAUUAUUUGGAUCAAUUUUCUUAAGAGAUCCACCAAGGAGUAGAGACGACCGAAAUCAGAGAAGUCGUACUGGUCAAGCAACGAUUGACAGGAAGAAGGCAGCGUUUGUUUAUCACUUUUUGAUAAACGAUCAAAGUGAUCAAUACAGUCAUUAUUAGCUUGAAAAAAAAAACAGCAUUGUAACUGUUUUGUGUAACUAGAAUAGUAAUUUAAUUAGCAAUACGUUAAAAAAAUAUUUUGCGACGUUCAAUACUUCUAUGAUAGUACUUAAUAAUGACGCGAACAAAAUUUCUAUGACAACAUAAUAUACGUAACUAACUUGCCAAUUCAAAAACUUAUUUUGAAUGAAUACAUUGUGUGUUUUGUGUGUGUGUGUGUGUGCGUGUGUGUGUGUGACGAAACUCGUGACUAGGCAAUAGGAAAAAGUAAUCCAAGUUACAAUCGUAUCUAGUCUUUAUAGCCUAAAAUGGCUAACUACGUAAUAUGUAAAUUUAUUCAUAAUAAGGAAUUAAGUUUUUCGACAAAUUUUACGUUCAUAUUAUAAUAGCUUAGCAUUAUUAUUAUUAUUAUUAU